AGUUUGUCAAGUUGCCUGCGGAUUGUUUUGAAGUGAACACAAGUUUGGUGGUGUUUCAGUGAAAGGAUGCCGUGAGGUAUUUCCGGGCUUGGCGUGUUUUUGGUAGAACGUAUUGUUGUCUUCUAUAGCCCUAGAAUUAAAGGGCGUCCUGCUGGAGAGACUAGUUUUUGUAUCACUGUCAGAAUGUCAAAGCGGAAAGUUGUGUUCAGAGAUAUAGACGGUGAAGAGGUAGAUCUGACACCUGUUAAAAAACUGCACACCAAUGGCAGUGGAGAGUCGACGCCCGGAAGCCGCUUCAAAGAGAAGCAUUCUCUAGACAGUGAUGAAGAAGAUGAUGAAGAAGGCGAGGACAAAAAUAAAUAUGGAGUGCUGACUUCCGAAGAUAUUGAAGGCCAAGAAGGAGCCACCAUUGAUUUUGAUGAAGGCAUUAAAAUCACACCCUUUAACCUGACAGAAGAAAUGGAGGAAGGCCAUUUUGAUUCUGAAGGAAAUUAUUUUCAGAAUAAGGAAGAGAUGAUCAGAGACAACUGGCUCGAUAACAUUGACUGGGUGGAGGUUAAACAGCGCCCAUUAUCGAAGGUGAAUACAUGGAAUGAUGAUGAGCCUGAUGAUGCCGCACAGUCACCUGUCGAUCAGAAAGUACUUCUGGAAGAGAUGUUGCAGUUACUGCAGCCAGGAGAAACAGUAGCAAAGGCCAUCCGACGGCUUGGCCAAAAGGGAAAGCAGAACCAAAGUAGCCGGACAUGGAAGAUCAAAAGGGUGAAACCCCAGCAGGAUGAACAGGAGGAGGAGAAGAAGGAGGAGGAGAAAGAAGAGAAGGAAGCAGAGUUGGUCAUGACAGAGGCUGAGCGGUUAGAGCAUGAGAGCAAGGAGAAGCUUGACCGCUUAACUGGGUUAGCGGACCAGAUGGUGGGGCGGGGGGUUUACACAAUCUACCAAGAGACUUAUGAGAAGUUGAGUUUCCGCCUUAGGAAGCUACAAGCUCCUGAAACAGCCCCAGCAAAGGCAACCAAGGAAGUGAUGGAUAUGUUCGCAGAUAACAGUGAUGAGGAACUUAGUGAAACUGAUUCAGCACCUGCAAAAAACAACAGCCAGGCACAGGGAAGUGAAAUGGAGCAGGAAGAGAUGUGGGAGUACAGAUGGGAGAACACCAAUGAUGCGGAAGUGUAUGGCCCCUUCAACAGCUCACAGAUGUUGCAAUGGGUAGAGGACGGCUACUUCCCAGAGGGAGUAUAUUGUCGGCGAGUGGGCAACCCUGACGCACCUUACUAUAACUCCAGACGAAUAGAUUUUGAUCUUUACACAUGACAGACCCAACUAGAUCCACUUGAAACUUUUUGUGUUUUUGGUUUUAUCGCCUCUCAUUUUGUUAUAUAUUUUUUUAAUUCUGAUGAUGAGUGUUUCAGUUUUGGUGAGACAACGUUUACUUCUCCUCCCGGAUGGACAGAACUAUCUGUCUUGGUAAUUACUUGGUGUAUCAGAGGCACUUAGAGUAUUGCAGUCGAGAGGAUGCUGCAUUGAAAUUUGUGUUGCUGGCUUCACUGUUCUUUGCAGAUUCCUGGAUCAGAUGCUUAAAACAGAAAUUAUAUAUCCCUCAUCCUGAGGCCUUUUAUGUUUUUUUGACAUUAAAGCAGGAAAACAAUUUUAAAAAAUCAGAGAUCUGAACCAUAUGCAGAACACUAGAAGGACACUGCUGGAAGUGCUGAAUCGUGGUUGUUCUAUGAGAAGGUAUAAUCGUGGAAGUGUUUUAUUGGGGGACACUUAACUAAAUAUUUACUAUUGCAAAAUGAAUAAGCUAACUUUGGUGGUAUGGAGAAGCACGAAUGAUGUUUUGUACAGAGACUGCUUGGAUUUCGUAUCAUUUUAAGAAGGGGACACAGUUCAUGUGAUAAUUUUGCUGAAUUCCUGCUUCUUUUGUUCAGAUGACAUAAAAUGUAAAAAAAAAAAAAAAAAAAAAAAAAAAAGAUUUUACAGAAACUUCAUAUUAAGUAAAUAGAUUCUAAUCAGUCUCAUAGAGUUGUGUUUUA